CUUUAGUCUUUGUCUAAGGGCGUCUCUCAAUGUUUAUCUUUCAACAGAUACAAUCCAAGAUGUGUGAUGAGAUUCAUCAAGAUGUUGAGGACAAGACUGUCAUGUCUGAUCGAGGAACACUACCCAAAUCAGAAUGUGCUGAAAGAAAACACAGCCCUGAUAGUUCUGCUGAAAAAAUAUGGUCAACUGGUAGUAUCAUAUCUAAUCUUCCAGAGGAUAUUGCAGCUUGUAUACCACCAGAUGUGGAUUGUGGAAACUUGGACGGGGUCAUGAUUAAGGAGUCAAAAACUGCAGAAGGAGGUGCUCACCAUGUUGGUGGAGUUGCCACAAGUAGUUGUGUCUCACUCUUAGCUCCCUUGCCUUCAUCCUCCAAGCAAUCAGGCCUGGCUUCUAUGUCAGAUCUUGAAACUUCUCCAAGAAUAGAUUCAGUCCGCAGUUCUUUCACAAGAAAGGAACAUAACAGCAAACCUUCAAAGAAGUACAAAUGUGACCUAUGUGGCAAAGCAUUUGUGAGGCCGACCCAGCUAACUGAACACAUCCGUGUCCAUACAGGAGAAAGACCAUAUAAAUGUGACCAAUGUCAUAAAGCAUUUGCCCAGAAAGGUGGACUUUUCCAGCAUACACGUGUUCAUACAGGAGAAAGACCAUUCAUGUGUGAACUUUGUGCGAAAACAUUCACGGCCAAGAACCAUUUGAUUACUCACUAUCGUAUUCAUACAGGAGAGAGACCAUUUGAGUGUGCGCUAUGCGAGAAGACAUUCAGGAAGAAGGACAAUCUAACAAAGCAUCAGCUUACACACACUGGAGACAAACCAUUCAAAUGCAACCAGUGCGAUAAAGCUUUUACUUCAAAUGGUACUCUAACCGAGCAUCAACGUAUUCAUGCAGGUAAAAGACUUUUCAAAUGUGAACUCUGCCUGAAAGCUUUCACACACCGAAGUACUUAUAACAAACAUAUCAAAAGUAUCCAUGUGAGUGAAAGACCAUUCCGUUGCGACAAGUGUUAUAAGACAUACAAACGGAGUGAUCAUCUAAAAGAUCAUCUCCGUACGCACUUGAUUGAACAAGCCUUUAAGUGUGACCUGUGUGACAGAGGUUUUUCUGAAAGCACGCAACUGGUUGAGCACAAACGGAUUCACGCUGGAGAAAAACCAUUUCUGUGUACCGAUUGUAAUAAGUCGUUCACAUUGAGAUGUGAUUUCAAAAGGCAUCGACGUAUUCAUACUGGGGAAAGACCAUAUAAGUGCGACAAUUGUGACAGAGCUUUUGCAACAACAGGAAAUCGUCUCUCGCAUAGUAGGCGAUGCAAGGAAAAAUCACAGGUUGCGCCUUGAAAGUCGCUCCUUAGAGUAAAAAUAAAUACAGAUUACUCCGUGGAAAUGCAGACUGCUCUGUAUUUUUACCUGCCAUGUUAUCUAGAAUAUAUUGCUUGUUGCAUUUAAACUCUUGGAUGUGAUAGAAGGGACUUAGGUGAUCACAUUUUGCAUGUACCUUAUUUCUUUGUUGUCUACAAUAUAUCUCUUAUGUGUGAUUAUGAGUAAAUGUGAGGAUAGUACU